AUGUCAACCCCCGACAAGACUUCAGGUAUUCGUCAACUAUCUUUAUACAAAAUCGAUCUUAAUAUCUUUAUAGUUGAAGUCAAGUCUAGAUAUUUAUCUAACAUUGGUCGUGUCCUUGACGUGCGAUGGAACAGCAUGGAUGAACUGCUAGCCAUGGGAGGUUAUGACAAGACCGUUCGCAUCUCAAGUCCAUCAAGGGAGCAAUGCAUACGCGUAUUGCGAGGUCACAGUGAAGGCGUCAGAGCAGUUGCCUGGGAUCCGAUUCAACCAGAAUUACUUGCCUCUGGAGGUCGCGAUGGUGCCGUUAGAAUUUGGGAUCUGAGAGUCAGUAACCCACAAAGAUCAGUAUUGAAUAUCCAAGGGUCUCAAGAACUAUGGCGAGUUGAUGCAGACGGGGGACUACACAGUCCUCCCAACAGUGCGAAAAAAUCGGUUACGAACCUGUUUUUCAACAACCACGAACUGUGGCACCUGAUUACUUCUGGCUCAUUUGACGGAAUUCUACGCUCUUGGGAUACUCGGUUUCUAGCAUGCCUUGAGUAUUUCGACGAGAUGAGGACCCUUCCUAUACUUGUCAUGCAGAUAGACUCCACACGAGGUCCAGGCACAUGCUGA